UAUUCUAAAAAAAUCAAGAUUUUCAUUUUGAGAAUGAGAGCUAUCUCUAAAGGUUUGCCUUCUGGAGCCGCUUUACAGCAUAGACUUAAUCAUGAAUUUCCAUGUAUUCAUUCUGAAAAUGAAGAAUCCGUUGAGCACAUGUUGUUUUAUUGUCCUGUGAUAUCUCAAGUGUGGUUCAUAAACCCUUUAGUUGAGAGUUUGUCAGUCUUCUACAUCUACUUUUUCCCAACUUUGGAUCCAGUAUUGUUAUGAUAUGAAAAGCAAGAAAUUAUGCUAUUUUUUUAGCAAGUACAGUCGAAUCCUGUUUCAAUCUGCAACUUAGCUCUGCAAGCUUGUUCUGAGUUUGCAGAUUAUUGUAAUAUGGAUACCGUAGAUGAAAAUGUGCAUGCAAAACUAUCUGUUGUCCACCAGCAUUUGUUGCCACCUCUGAAGGUAUCUUAAAGAUCAAUUAUGAUGUUGCAUCUCACUAUUUACAAAAGUUUGGAACUAUAGGGAUAUUAGCUACUGAUUAUUUGGGAAUAACAGCUCGUUUUACAGCUUUUGUCAGGCGUACAUGGGAUCCAGGAGUCUUGGAAUGGAGUGCAUUACAUACAACUAUGAUCUAGGGUAUAACAAAGGGUUGGCAAAGGAUUAUUUUUAAAGCAUAUGCCUUUCAAAUACCACAGAUUCUGAAUAACAAACAAAUUUGUCCAUCACAUAUUUAGGAUGUUUGACUGGAUAUUUGCAUGUUUAAGGUUCUUUCCAAAAAUUUCAAGUUUCUAAUAUUUCUGGAAAUUAUACUAGGCAGCCCAAUAAUCUUGCUCAAUCUUGUAACCGGGCGUAUAUAACAUAAAACCAAAUAUUGGGAGUUUUCUCACGUUUGUCAAUGUGACCUUACCAGAGAUCUUUGGCCAUAAAAAAUCCUCAGGUUCUACUGUUCAUUUUUUCAAUCAUAAUUUUAUGAUAUUCUUUUUGGAGAACUAGCAUCAUUAUUACUAUUAUUGGUAUGAGAUUAUCCCUAAUUUUGUGCCUCUGAUACCAUAUGACGCGAAUCUAAUGUUUCGUAAGUCUCUUCAUCUAGAUUUCCCUUAAGAGCGUCCCUAUGAAUCUCAUCCUCUACAUCAUUAUGUAUGCAAACAGGAACCUCAACCAAACUGCUAUUCCCUCUAUUACCAUACUUUUUUCCACCUGCAACAUCUUCUGAUUCAUCAUCAGGUUCUGCCGUUUUCAGCUCGAAGAAUUUCUACUUAGAUUCGUGCUUGUACCUCCACCUAAGCCCGUGGUUGAGGAGGCAGCACAAAGAUUUCUUAUCCUUUUAACUGCAAUACAGAUUAUCAAGGGACAGAAUUAUUCCAGAGCAAAUCUAGUUCUAGGAUAUGCAGUUGCAGCUUCAGCGAAAUAGCGAUUUCUGGAAAACUAGACCCUGCAAAUAUUAAAACUUGUGUCAAGAGUCCUUAAUUAAUUAAUUGUUUUUUUUAGAAUAUUAAUUAAUUGUUAAAAUUGUGCUUUAUUUGUAUUUAGAGACGCGUUCCUUUGGUUUGUUUGAUUAAGGAAGGUAAAACACUACUGGUAUACUAUAUAUAACCACGUAAGCAUAACCCUAAACAAAAUCAUAAAAAAAACUUAAACCAUGUUGAGAAAACGAAAGCAUUGGCGCCUCUCUCAGUCAGAGAAAGGCUUAGGAGUACAGGGUAAAUCAAGAGUAGUGCAUGUCGUAAGGCCGAAAGAAGUGGAGGAGACUAGGAAGGAUCUUCCAAUUGUUAUGAUGGAGCAGGAAAUCAUGGAAGCCAUUAAUGAAAAUUCUGUUGUUAUUGUCUGUGGAGAAACCGGCUGUGGCAAAACCACUCAACUUCCUCAGUUUCUUUAUGAAGCAGGCUUUAGUUCAAACCAUCAAGCUCGAUCUUGUAUUAUUGGCGUUGCUCAACCUCGUCGUGUUGCUGUGUUAUCCUCCGCUAACCGUGUGGAAGAGGAGCUUGGUCUCAAGGGUAGUAAGGCGGUUGGUUACCAGGUUAGACAUCAGAAGUGUGUUGCAGAUAUUAUUGCUAUCAAAUUUAUGACUGAUGGAAUCUUACUGCAAGAACUUAAGAGUGAUUUUCUGUUGAGCCGCUACUCUGUCAUAAUACUAGAUGAGGCUCAUGAGAGAAGUGCCAACUCAGAUAUACUCAUCGGAUUGCUUUCUCGUAGCAUCCAGCUACGCCAGAAAGUUUAUGAUGAACAGCAGAAAAUGAUACUUUCAGGACAAAAUAUUAUCCCUGAACAAAGGAUAUCUCCGCCCAAACUUAUUCUGAUGAGUGCCACCAUGAGAGUGAAGGAUUUUAUUUCUGCAUUUGGUUAUUCUCCUCCUAUUAUUGAAGUUCCCACCCGGCAGUUUCCGAUAACUGUACAUUUCGCAAAAAGAACAGAUAUUAACGAUUAUGUUGGCCAGGCCUUUAAAAAGGUCCUGUCAAUCCACAGGAAUCUGCCGAAAGGGGGCAUACUUGUUUUUGUCACGGGCCAAAGAGAGGUAGAGGAAUUGCGCACGAAGUUACUUAAAGCUUCUAAGAAACUGUUUUCUGUGUCUACUGAAAGGAAUUCAGGGAACAAUGAGGCAUUUGAGAUUCAAGGAAACUCAGUUGAUCAGCUAACCGACGAAUUUAGCUACUAUGACGAAGAUAUGCCAGUUUUUGAUGGUGAUGAAUCAGACUCUUAUGAUUCUGAAUCAGAAUCAGAAAGCGAACUAGAAAUUGUUGGUGGCGAUGGAGAUUGGGGAGAUGACAGCAUUCCGAAAAAUGACACGAAUAUUUUAGGUGUCUUAGGUGAGGAAAGGGCUGUGACCUCACUGAAGACUGCUUUUGAAGCAUUGGAUGGAAAUUCUGCAGUAGGCAUGAAUUGUAAGGCAAAGCAGAAUCCUUUAAUGCCACAAGAGUGCUUAAAUAAUUACAACCAAAGUGCAUGGAAGAAAGAUAAACGUGUUGCCGCAGGUCCACUGCGUGUACUGUCUCUUUAUGCCAUGCUUUCUGAAAAAGCGCAGCUUCGUGUAUUUGAAGAGGUAAAGAAAGGGGAGAGGCUAGUUGUUGUUGCAACUAAUGUUGCCGAAACCUCCUUAACCAUCCCAGGCAUAAAGUAUGUUGUUGAUACUGGAAAGGAAAAGGUGAAGGAUUAUGACCCCUCCAAUGGCAUGGCAAGUUAUAAAGUACAAUGGAUAAGUAAGGCAUCAGCCGCUCAACGUGCUGGAAGGGCUGGGAGAACUGGGCCUGGCCACUGUUACCGCCUUUAUUCGUCUGCUGUCUUUAAUGACUCGCUUGCUGAGUUCUCUUGUCCUGAAAUUCUCAAGGUGCCUCUUGAGGGCUAUGUGCUGAACCUGGAAUCCAUGAACAUAAAGGUACAUGGUUUUCCAUUUCCAACUUGUCCUAGGAAAAAGGACUUGGAUCGAGCAUAUGAUUGCUUGAGGAAUCUUAAAGCAUUUGAUGGGAAAAGAUUGACACCCCUUGGAAAGGCCAUGGCUUGUUAUCCGAUGGAUCCUCGCCACUCUCGGAUCCUUUUAACUGCAGUGCAGAUCAUCAAUGGACAGAAUUAUUCCAGAGCAAAUCUAGUUCUAGGAUAUGCAGUUGCAGCUGCUGCAGCAUUGAGCUUGUCAAAUCCUUUCCUGAUGCAGCUUCAGCAAAAUAGCGAUUGCUCAGAGACGGAGGAGAUUUCUGGAGAACUAGAACCUGCAAAUAUUAAAAGAACAGCUAAAGAAGUCCAAAUGAGCAGUGAUGUUCUGACUGUGGCUUAUUGUUUACAAUGUUUUGAAGUUUCUAAAAACAGAGAGAAAUUUUGCUCUGAGAAUACCCUACAUAAGAGAACCAUGGAUGAAAUGUCCAAGCUAAGAGAGCAGCUUCUUGGAUUAUUCUUUGAUCAAAACUCUGUCUCAUGGACUCAUGGAACCAUCAAGGAUGUAAAACAAGCAUGGAAGGGAUGUGGGACUCCUCCUGUGCUGAAUUUAUACGAGGAAACUGCGUUAAGCCAAGCCAUAUGUGCUGGCCUAAUUGAUAGAGUUGCCAAAAGAGUCAAAAACAGCUCUACAUCUUUAGCUGAGUACGAGAUCUGCACAGCUAGUGAUGCCGUAUUCCUCCACCCGUCGUCCUCUCCGUCUCAUUCAGCUCCUGAGUAUUUGGUUUACAGCGAAUUGGUACAUACAAAACGACGGCCACACAUUCAUGGAGCAACCAGCAUUGAUCCGAAAUGGCUCGUUGACAUCGCCUGUGAAACUCCUAUAUGCACUAAUUCAGUUGAUAAGACUCGCAGACCAUUUUACAACGCUAGUACAGACCAGGUAUAUCGCUAUAUGAUUCCGAGUUUCGGGUAUCACAGAUGGGAGCUUCCGGCUAUUAAAGAGGCGGUUAAGGAUGAUGGUGAUCGAAUAAAGGCAUUUGCGUAUGCUUUGCUUGAAGGAGAUGUUUUGCCAUGCUUAAAACCCGUCAGGGAUCAUAUGGCAGCCCGUCCAAGUUCACUUCUGGAGAGACAAGGAUUAGGUGACUGCAGGGUCGAGAAUUUCCUGAGAAGUUUGAUGAAACUCGGGGUUGAUAGCUGUGCUACUCUGAGGAGAGAAUGGAAUAAGGAUUCUAAUGCACUGAAGCAAGAAUUUUCAGCCUGGAUUAAGAGGGGUUAUCAAUCUAAAUUUGAAGCACUCUGGUCACAGAUGCAUUGCCAAGUUCAGUUAGAUUAUGAUCAACGUUUUCCAAACAAAGCCAAGAAGAAGAAGAGGAAGACAAUGGCUACUUGAAAAGGAAAACAAAGUAUGAUUCUGUUUAUUUAUUAAUUUAUGAGCUUAUGUAGUUAUGUUCAUAAUAAAUGGAUUCUUCAUAUAUAUUCUUGUUAUUAUUCCUCUAACGCCAAAUCCAUCUUAAAGCCUAUUUAUUUUCAUCUU